AUGGAGCAUCACGAUCUAGACACGCAAAUGCCAGAUGCCGGCCAACCCGACGAGCAAGACCUGGAUGAAAAAUAUCCCAAUAGACCUCGCAAUCAUGCCAACACGCUGCCAUUCCAUGAUCUGUUUACUGAUCUUUUCAACCCGCUAAGCGAGAACAAGAAACGGCCCAAGGUAUCUGGCCCUGCAUCGCGUAGGAAGGUCGGACCUCAUGGACCAUCCAACCUCACACCUCAGGACAGUCGCCGCGAUGUAAUCCAACGCUUCAUCUCUCGCUGGCGAAAAGAUGUCGGCGAUGACAUUUAUCCGGCCUUUCGACUCAUUGUGCCCGACAAGGACCGGGAUCGGGCCAUGUAUGGACUGAAGGAAAAAGUCAUCGGCAAGCUACUUGUGCGAAUUAUGAAAAUUGACAAAAACUCUGAAGAUGGCUUCAAUCUACUGAAUUGGAAGCUACCGGGGCAAAGCGCCGCAAGCCGCAUGGCUGGCGACUUUGCCGGCCGAUGCUUCGAGGUGCUUUCCAAGAGACCCAUGAGGGUCGAGGUCGGCGAUAUGCUUAUUGAAGAGGUCAAUGAUCGACUGGACCAACUAUCAGCCGCACCUAAAGAAGAUCAGCAACUUCCUAUCCUGACUGAAUUCUACCGACGAAUGAACCCAGAGGAACUGAUGUGGCUCAUACGCAUCAUUCUACGACAAAUGAAAGUAGGCGCCACCGAGCGGACGUUUUUCAACGUGUGGCAUCCUGAUGCAGAAAGACUAUUUAGCAUAUCCAGUAGUCUGCGCCGUGUCUGCUGGGAACUUCAUGACCCGAACAUCAGGCUCGAAGGUGAUGAACGGGGAGUUUCACUUAUGCAGUGUUUUCAGCCUCAGUUGGCGCAAUUCCAGAUGCACUCUUUUGAGAAGAUGGUGCAACGAAUGAGACCCACAGAUGAUGACCCAACGUUUUGGAUCGAGGAGAAACUCGACGGAGAGCGAAUGCAACUGCACAUGGCAUCUGAUGACUCCGUUGAGGGAGGGAAACGAUUUUGUUUCUGGUCUCGCAAGGCCAAGGAAUAUACAUACCUCUAUGGAAAUGGCUUCUAUGAUCCAAAUGGGUCCCUCACCCGUCAUCUGAAAGACGCUUUUGUUGAUAGCGUGGAUAACAUCAUCUUAGAUGGCGAGAUGGUGACAUGGGAUCCCGAGCAAGAUGCACCGGUCCCGUUUGGUACAUUGAAAACUGCAGCGUUGGCCGAAAAGCGAGACCCGAAUUCGCACGGACCGCGGCCGUUGUUUCGAGUAUUCGAUAUACUGUAUCUGAACGAUCGAGAAUUAACGCGGUACACGUUACGAGAUCGCCGCCGUGCGCUCGAGAAAGCUAUACAGCCUGUCCACCGAAGAUUUGAAAUCCAUAGUUAUCAGGAGGCUACCACAGCUGCCGAAAUCGAGCCGAUCCUGCGUAAGGUGAUAGAGGAGGCAUCUGAAGGCCUAGUGCUGAAAAACCCAAGGUCUCCGUACAGAUUAAACGAGCGUCAUGAUGACUGGAUGAAAGUAAAACCAGAGUAUAUGACUGAGUUUGGAGAAUCUUUGGAUCUUGUAGUCAUAGGAGGCUACUACGGGUCUGGGAGGCGUGGAGGUGGCCUUUCUAGCUAUCUAUGCGGCCUACGCGUUAACGACCCCAACGCACAGAAUGGAGAUUCUCCCAUGAAGUUCUAUUCAUUCUGCAAAGUCGGCGGCGGGUUUACCGCUACUGACUAUGCCAAUAUCAGGCAUCAUACGGACGGAAAGUGGAAGACAUGGAAUCCGAAAAAGCCACCGUCCGAGUUCAUCGAACUCGCAGGUGGAGUCACCGGUCCGAAAGAAGUACCUGAUGAAUGGAUUAGGCCGGAUGAGUCGGUCGUCGUUUGCGUUAAAGCUGCGUCUGUGUCGGUUAGCGAUGAAUUUCGCAUCGGCCUGACCCUUCGGUUUCCGCGAUUUAAGAGACUGCGAAUGGACAAGGACUGGAAGACGGCGCUCUCAGUACAGGAAUUCCUUGAUCUAAAGUCCAAUGUCGAGCAAGAGCAAAAAGAAAAACAGUUUACUGUUGAAAACUUCCGCAAGAAACGACUCAAAAUGACGGCUAAAAAGCCUUUGACAGUAGCUGGGUACGAUGGUGAUACCACUGUCGAAUAUGCAGGACCAGUUAACAACGUAUUUGACGGAUUGAAUUUUUUUGUCAUGACCGAUACAAAGACGCCAGAGAAGAAAACAAAAGCAGAGCUGGAACAGCUUGUCAAGUCAAAUGGUGGUCAGAUUUUCCAAACACAUACAGCAGCCCCGAAUACUGUUUGUAUUGCAGAUAGAAGAACGGUCAAAGUUGCUUCGAUACAAAAAAGUGGCAGCCAAAAUAUCAUUCGGCCUAUAUGGCUGUUUGAUUGUAUCAAACAAACCGAAGCUGAUGAGAACCUACCCACAUUUCUCCUUCCAUUUGAACCUAGGCACAUGUUCUUUGCCAAAGAAGAUCAGCAAGAUAAUAUCGCUGAAAACGUUGACGAAUACAACGACAGCUACACACGAAACACCACGGUCGAAGAGCUAAAAGCCGUACUCGAGGAUAUGAAGCUCGAUAGAGCCAUUGAUACCGAAGCAAUUUCGCAGAUCUCAGCACGUCUGUUUGCGCAAACUCAGGAAGAGCACAGCCAAGGCGCCGCCUUGCCCGGUUGGAUCUUCAAGGGCUUGACAUUAUACUUCCACUCUCCAGAAUCGCCAUCGCCAUUGAAUUCGUCCAACUCAGAUAUCUCUCAACGGCUUCAACUUGCUCGCAGCCUGGCCGAAUUUGGCAGCGCUGACAUCAGCGAAACUCUAGAAACAGGCCAGAGUAAAAAGAAAGAUACAAAGACCGGCAUUACGCACAUCGUUGUUCCGAGCCCCCAUUCGUCGAGAGAAGGAGAAGAAGAACUGGCUUCCCUUCGGAAAACGCUUUCUAAACUGGUCAGUUCUUCUGGAUAUAAACUCCCGCAUAUUGUGUCGGUGGAUUGGGUUGAGCGGAGUUGGAAAGAGAAGACGUUGUUGGAUGAAGAGAGGUAUGCACCAUCCUGA